AUGUCAAAUGCCCCUUCGACUCCUCCAAUAUGUUAUCACCAAGCUGGGCCCGGCGAGGUUGUAGACGGGUCAGCAGUGAUUCCUCGACACAGUCCAUCGAAGGAUGAUGCAUGUGGGACCAAGGUCUACGGAGUCUUGUUAGUAUGCAUGGAUGCAGCCCGCCACGUCCCUGCUGGCUCUAUAUCGGACCCGGGACGAAAAACGGACAUCACAUCGGUUUGCAGACUCGUCCAUUCCAUCUCCAGAGUGCAGCAUACCACACCGUGUGGCCUGAUCAUGGAUGGGGACGGGAGGUCUGUACUGAAAGAUCAAUACGCCAAUACCAAUGGAGCCGGAAUACGUAAAGUGACACAACGAUACGAUACGAUACGAUAUGAUACACGCGGAACCAACGCCAACAAAAGCUUCAACGAAAGCUGA